GAUAUUACUAUUCUGUCAGGCCUACUUGUCCGUUUAUAAAUUAUAUGUAAUAUAUGGUAACGCUUUUUUCACUUCCCCUACUCAUUGUUAUUUGAUAGUGAGUGUUUGUGUGGAGAACAAUAAACGUCAUGUUGCUAUGCCAGUGAGAAAAGGAAACGUCGGCCAGUGACCGCGGUCAAGUGCAACAACAACAAAAAUUCCUGACACCUGUUAUAGAAGUAACACAUUUGAGUGAAUGAAAAGGCAUGGACCUAAGUAAAAUAAGCAAUUCGUUUGUUGGGACUUGAUUGAGGCAGAAGAAUAGCCGAUUUACUUAUGGCAAGUCCGGAGAGAAAUAAGAAGAUUCUGCUUGAUAUGGUGAAACAGCCCAGCAACGACCAUUGUGCCGACUGUGGGGCCCCUGAGCCAGACUGGGCCUCAUACAAACUUGGUGUGUUUGUAUGUGUGAACUGUUCUGGGACACAUCGGGACUUGCCUGCCAUCAGCCGGAUAAAGUCCAUAGGCUUGGAUUUCUGGGAUGAUUCCCUAGUAGAGUUUAUGAAGACAAGGGGUAACGCUGCAGCCAAUGCGUUCUAUGAGAAGUGUGUUCCGCCGUUCUACUACCGGCCACAGGAGAAGGACUGUGUUGUUCUUAAAGAUCAGUGGAUACGUGCUAAGUAUGAGAGGAGAGAAUUCACAGGAGAGAAUAACUCCCUUCAACAAGUUUAUAGUUCAGGACUUUACGAAAGAAUACUAUGGAAGAAAGGCAAGGACAACAAGCAGUUCCUGAAAAGGAGAUUCCUGCUCUCUGAAACAGACUUCACCUUGAGAUACUUCACCAAGGAGGAUUCCAAGAAGCCCAAAGCAGUCAUCUCUAUGAAGGACCUCAAUGCCGUGUUCCAGCCGGAAAAGAUAGGCCACGCCCACGGGCUGCAAAUCUCCUACCUGGAGGAAGAACGGACCAGAAACUUGUUUGUUUACCAUGACAACAGCCAGGAAAUUGUGUCCUGUUUCAAUGCGAUUCGGGCCACCCGGUUUGCUUACCUCAAGAAAGUCGACCCUAAUUCCAGGGAGUGUGACCUUGUACCUUUGAUAACCAGAAGUAGCAUUAAAGAAGGCUACAUGGAGAAAACCGGCCCAACGCAAUCGGAGCCAUUCAAGAAGAGAUGGUUCAUCUUAAACUUAACGGACAGAAAGCUGUCCUACUUCAAAACUUCACUGGAUGCCUUGGAACUGGGAGCUGUCUUCAUCGGCACAGAGGUCCAUGGCUACUCUGUGAGAGAGGGCCAGCCUAAGGGGAACCGCAGUGGCAGGUGGAGGUUCGGGGUCACCUUGGAGACGCCAGACAGGCAGUUUGUCUUCCUGUGUGACCAGGAGCAGGACCAGAGGGAGUGGAUAGAAGCCUUCAAACUAGUAAUCUCCCAGCCUAUGCUACCGCAGCACUACAACACUGAGGCAAACAUGAGAAGGAUGAAAAAAUGAAUGGUGUAAAAACCGGAGGAAAGGAAAGCACCAUUUACAGGAAGAAAUGGCAAUGUGUGAGGCUGGCUGCCUGUUUCAGAGAGACUACCAGUGACAGGAGGAGGCUUCUCACAAGAGGUGAUCAGUGAACUCUUCAAUGGAGUCAUGUUUAUCGUAAAAUGAUGAGAGGCUAAAUGAACUCAGGCUAAAGAGGCUAAACGAACUGAAGAGCUGCCAAUGUGGACCAGCACUGGUAAUCAUUGCAAAUCACCAUUAUCCAGGGCACCUUGCAAAACAGUGACAGGACUGACUAUUAUGAGAUGGGAACUGAUGUCAUUGUCGGGGACAUUGGGAAUGUAAUAUGUACUUUCUAUGAACUACUGUUCAUAUACACUGAGCGUAUAAAACAUUAAGGACACCUGCUCUUUCCAUGACAUAGACUGACCAGGUGAAUCCAGGUGAAAGCUAUUAUCCGUUAUUGAUGUCACUUGUUAAAUCCACUUCAAUCAGUGUCGAUGACAGGGAGGAGACAGGUUAAAUAAGGAUUUGUAAGCCUUGAGACAAUGGAGACGUGGAUUGUGUAUGUGUGCCAUUCAGAGGUUGAAAGGGCAAGACAAAAUAUUGAAGUGCCUUUGAACAGGAUAAGUUAGAAGGUGCCAGGCGCACCAAUUUGUGUCAAGAACUGCAACGCUGCUGGGUUUUUCAUGCUCAAUAGUUUCACGUGUGUAUCAAGAAUGGUCCACCACCCAAAAGGACAUCCAGCCAACUUGACACAACUGUGGGAAGCAUUGGAGUCAACAUGGACCAUGUUGGGCCUGCAUCCCUGACACCUUGUAGAGGCCAUGACCCGAUGAAUUGAGGCUGUUCUGUUCCUAAUAUUUUGUACACUCAUUGUAAGUAGAAAGCGAGAGAGUGCGAUACAUUCAAGUAUUGUAUCUAUUAGUUUGUUUUUUGUAUAACACAGUUGUUUUAUAAUACAGUAUUUUAUUUUA